AGGUCACAGGCCGCCUAUAUAAGAGGGCGCUCAGUGACCCUCGGCACUCAGUGCCUCACAAGCAAGCAGCCAUGAAAUACGCAAUCUUCAUCGCCCUGUUCGCCGUGGCUUCGGCCCUCCCCGGACGCGUCGUGCGCUCCAGCGACGACGUCGUGCCAAUCCUCCGCAGCGACGUCGUGGCGCCGAGCGCCGGCGGCGAGUACAGCUUCGAUGUCGAGACCGGGGACGGUAUCGUGCGCUCCGAGUCCGGCUACGGCUCAGCUGACAACGGAGCCGUCGAGUCCCAGGGAACCGUAAGCUUCACUCACCCUGACGGAACUCCCUUCGAACUGAAAUUCGUCGCUAACGCGGCCGGUUACCAGCCAGAGUCCGCUGCCCUGCCUGUGGCCCCGGCCUUCCCCUUCGAGAUCCCUCAGUUCGUCCUCGACCAGAUCGCUAAGGCUGCCGAGGAGGACGCCAACCGAUCCCUCGAACAGUCCAAGGGCGACUACGUCGGAUACGAAUAAAUUAAUCCAUACGAAUACAGAAGACGCGAAUGGCUACACGAAUAAAUCGAAAAAUUUUAAUACGGAGGAUACGAACGGAUAAAUGAUGAAUAAAAUAAGAGAUUCGUAUGCGGAAGACUUGAACGGCUACAUGAACAAAUCGAAAGAUUCGAAUUCAGAGGACGCGAACGAAAACAAGAAAUAAAGGAAAUUAUUUGAAUACAGUCGAGGAUUCGAACAGGAUUUGAUGCAUUGCAAGGAUUUUGAGUUCCGUUAUACGGAACAGGCAAAAUUCUGAAUGGGACAAAAUAAUUCGAUAGUAAUAAUAAUUUCGUGACUGGGGCUGAAUUAAAGCAGUCAAAACAUGGAUAAAAAAAACUCCCUUGAUUGUAAUUUCGGAUGCAUGACUUAUCUCUUGUUUCCUAAAUAUUUAUUUUUAUUUAUUUUCAACAGACAGAACAAACUUG